AUUUGGACCUCAUUCAAGGAUCCCUAGCGAAAUGUGGAUUGUACAACGAUGCAGUGCAGUGGGAGGACAGCAUCAAAGGUGGCAUGGAGCAGCUUCUGUAACGGAACAGUACGGUGGCCGUGUCGCAGACAUCGCAGGAGGCACCUGUCAGUCGCCAUGGUGUGCGCGCAUGACUGUUAUGUUGUGUGGAAGUUGUGGCUGGCACCUUCGCAGGCAGUAAGG